AUGGACUGUCGAGAUAUGAUUUUGCUGUGUGUGGAGAUCGAAGAUGUAGAUGUUUUGGGGUGGGGUUUGGAGGUUGAGGAGGGAGGUGAUGAGGUGGUGGCCGAGGGUGCCGUUGCCGCCGAUUAUGAGGAUGAUGAAAGCUAG